AUGAAGCUUUUGCUCGGUAGGAACCGGACCUACCGGGUCAUACCUCGGACAUGGCCCCGAACGCACAAACGGACUCUUGGCUGGCUGAUGCCCGUUGAGCUCCUCGUCCUGGUGCCCAUCCUUGUCAUCUUCGGCAUCGCGCAGCCCGACAUGUACCGCACCGACAUGUGGCGCAUUGGUUUCGAGAACAAGCUCAAUUCAAACCCUGACAUGGUCUUAUAUGCCUAUGCCAACUACCGAGCCCUGCCCAAUGUCCCAUUCAUCUGGUCGCUGGCCCUCACCAAUUUCAACGUCGCCAUCUCAAUCAUCUCCCUCUUCUUCCUCCUGGUCAGGCUCAUCUGCUACAUCAUGAGGGUGUGGUAUCCCAUCUUGGCCGUCGUCGUCAGCAUCACGCUGGUGACGCUCUACACGGUCAGCGUCUACGGGCAGAUUGGCCCCGACUAUGCCGACUCUCGCUACCCGGCUCCGGCGGCAUGGUACUUUCGGCAGGGUUGUGGCCUUGCCAAGCGCUAUGGCAAAUAUAAUUCUUGUCAGGUAGCCCAGAGCUCGCUCGGGGUCACGCUGCUCAUGCUAAUUGUAUGUCUGGUCAACCUGGGCGUUGCGCUGCACGCAAUGUGGCCCAACAAGGAGAAUGACCAGAAGAACGACGAAGACGAAGAGUCGACCUCGCCCUUGUCCAAGGAGGGGAGCAACUGGGAGAUGCAUAGCAUGAAGUCGCCCGCCGGUUUAAACGCUAUGCCGUACACGCCGCGGACGCAGGCAUUUUAUACUCUUGACCGACAGAUGCCUCAACGACAGCCCCAUCAGGCGUAUGCGUGA